AUGUCCCCCUCUCCUGGAAGCAGCUCUGGUGUUGCAUCGUCUUUAGACCUUGCGGCCAGGACGUUUGAUCUGCUUGGCUCGUUAGUCAAGGCGAGCGAGCCAACAAGCGUCCUCACCCACGCAGCCAAGGACUUGAUUAAAUGGCUAGCAAGGGAACGUAUUGACGAGGCGAGCUUCAAGAGAUGCGCGGAACUGGCUCGAGAAUUGGCAUACCCCAACCAACAUGGGCUGAUCAUUCGAGAGUCAAUCGAAAACGCAAACGAGCGCCUGCGUGGCCUCAAUGCACCUGUCAGCUUGGUCACUUCCGGCUCACUGGGCAGGAUGAUGGUUCAAGACCAGGACUACUGCUAUCUUGUAUCCACUGUUGCGUCACUUGCCUCGUACUAUGGAAAUCAGCACAUCACUGAAAUCAUUUGCUCGCUGAUCAUUGACCGCACUGACGCACCGCCCGGCAUCCGUCAGUAUAAGCAUUAUCAGAUCUGGCGUGCGCCAAUUACAGCAGUUAUGGCAAAGAUCGUGGACAGCAUCUUUCUCAAUGUCAUCAAUGCUGGCCAUCAGCCACCUCACAUUCCACCUCAGCUUUCACAUUUGCACACUCACGCUCUGGGUCACUGGGAGCUUCCAUCCUUGAUUCGGGGUGUUCAGAAAGCUGAUGGCGACGUCCUCAUCAUUUGCGGUGUCUUCUUUGCCGACGUUUUUGCCUGGCUUUACUCUCACUUUCAUGGGCAUUUGGCAGUGUCUAUCCACGGCACUGUUUCCUUUACAGAGGAGCUUGGUCCAGAUCAGAUGAGUGUACAUCUGAUGAUACAAGAGGUCUGCAACGACACAAACGAGUGCUUGCAAAAGAAACAUGUAUUCGAGGCAUCUGUGGCAGCCGGGGAUGGCACCUAUCGCCUUUUUGUGGGAAGAAGUUCGACCGAAGGCCCGUUCUCUGAGAGUGCUCGGCCACAGCCUCACGUGAGACAGCCGCUGUACCACGAGUCGGCUACGGAUACGGGUAGACGAUACACUCAACGAGCAGGAAAGCUAAACCGUUCUGAAACAAAUCACGUCAGCGCAGUUGCCAAGUGCAUACUGAAAUGGCUUCUCGCUCUUCGGCUCAAGCCACGAGAAAUCGGACUCAUGUUUGCACCAAAAUGGGACGGAAAAGGCGGUGUUACUUGCUUGUCAGAAAUGCUUUCGACCCAUCCCAGUAUUCUACACAAGGACACGGGUCACCUCGAGUCCGCUGCUCCUGUCUUUAAUCGCAUACAGAAGCAGCCCAACGAUGGCUCAGACGGCGGCUCAAGCUCAGAUAUGGGGACAGGGGAAGCUGAACUAUAUGGACUCUCUGCGGUUAUUUCCUGCUUCCCUAUUGCCUUGGAUAUGCUAGAAAGUAUAUCCAAGAGGUGCUCUUGUUCUGCUUGUGAGCGGCACCUCUCUUUGGAAGAAUGCAAGAGUGGAUGCUUACGGGAUCUGGCUGUCACGGAACUCUUCAUCCUCCUAGCCCACGCUAUCUCAGAGGGAUUCGGAGCGGUAGACGUCUCUGGGCUCACAAAACCCGAUGACGUUGUCGGAUCUAUGUUCGAAUUAUUUUACCAGCUAAUCUUCAAAGAGCUUCUGCAGUGGAGCGACUGGUUCUCCGUUGUCACAAUCGUCACUGCUGGCAUGCCUUAUCGGAUAUUUACUGAGAGCGGCCCAUCCUUUGGUGGAACCCAGCCCGUUGCUAUGCAGAAUGGUGCCUAUGUGGCUAUAGCACUAUUGUGUUGA